UUCCAGCUCUCACUCUCCCCCUCCCCGUUCUGCGUGUUCCAGUCACCGGCGAACCACAUCCUCCCCUGCCGCCGCCGUCUCUCCCCAUCCUCCUCUUCUUAUUCUUUCUUUCUUUCUUUCCUCUGCGUUUCUGUUUCUGGCGAGAGUUGGAGUUGCAACCAGUCGUAACUCCACAGAUCGGAGCAGACCUCCCUCGCGCGCCAACCCUCCGCCGCUCCACGUCGUAGCAGCUCCGCCAGCACCGUCCCUCUCUUCGUUCUAACCCAGCGAGGAGAACAGUCGCAGGAAGGACUGCGACCUCGCCUCGAUCUGUCGCGCCACAGCCUCGCCGUGCUUCAGCUCGCCUCCAGCCACCAAGAACGAGCGCAGCACCACCGCGUCGCACCACCACGCCAUCGCGCCGCCACCCGCUGCUGCCCAGUCAGAUCGCGCCACCUGCUCGCAGUCCUGGUGAGCGCAGCAACCUGUUUUGGUCGACUCAGCGCCACUUCUCUCACCUGCUCUUCGUUCAGGCACGCGUAGCUUCCAUUUCCGUUCAAACAAAUUUCGGCAGUAGUAUAUUUGGUAUUUUUAAAUUCCUUAGAUCGCUCGGAUCCAACUAUUGCUCCUCCCGGUCAGAAUCAAGAGUUAGAGUAUCAUUCUCCACCAAGAGUUAGAGUAGUACGAAGCUGCUGAUUCGACUGAAGCUCUGCAAUUUUCCUCGCAGGGCUACAAAUAAAAAAAGUGUCACCUCACCUAAGAUAUAUAUGGCAUCUUCUUCCACUGGUCGUAAACGCAAGUAUGAUGUGUUUCUUAGCUUCAGAGGUGAGGAUACUCGUGAUAAUUUUACUAGUCAUCUCUAUGAUGCUUUGUGUCGUAAAAAAGUCAAGACGUUCAUAGACAAUGACCUUGAAAGAGGGGAAGAAAUAACUCCAGCCCUUUUGAGAACUAUUGAAGAAUCAAUGAUUUCUGUAAUCAUUUUCUCCAAAAACUAUGCAUCUUCUCCAUGGUGCUUGGAUGAAAUGUCCAAAAUUAUUGAAUGCAAAGACACUUAUGGGCAGGUAGUUCUACCAGUUUUCUAUCAUAUAGAUCCAUCUCUUUUACAAGAACAAAGUGGGAGUUUUGUAGAUGUAUUUAUCGACGCUGAGAAGAACUUUAAGGAGAAAAUGGAACAAGUGCCAAGGUGGAGGGUCGACUUGAUGAAAGCAGCUAAUAUAUCUGGAUGGGAUUCUCAGGUGAUUAGACCUGAGGCCAAGCUUGUGAAUGAUAUUAUGAAACAUAUUUUGAGGAAGUUGAAUCAUGCAUCCUUUAGAGAUUCAAAAGGCCUGGUUGGGAUAGACUCUCACAUUGAACAAAUUAGAAAGUUGUUGUGCUUUGGGUCACCAGAUGUUCCGAUUGUUGGAAUUUGGGGUAUGGGUGGGAUAGGUAAGACGACUAUUGCUGAAGCAAUUUUCUAUAGCGCUUCAAGUGAAUAUGAAGGUUGCUGCUUUCUCAAAAAUAUUAAGGAAGAGUCAAAAAGAUGUGGGCUAGAUUUUUUAAAACAAAAACUAUUAUUUGAAACAUUAGAGGAAGAAAAUCUACAUACUCUAAGUCCCAACAUGGGGUCCAUUUCCAAUGAGGACAGGCUCCAAUGCACAAAGGUUUUUCUUCUUCUUGAUGAUGUGGAUGAUGUAGAUCAAUUAGACGCCCUAAUUAGAAGAUCGAAUCUUGGUUUGGGAAUUAUUGUGACAUCUAGAGAUAAGCAGGUUCUUAAGAAUAUAGUUGAUUAUGUAUAUGAAGUUGAGGGAUUAAAGGAUGAUGAAGCUCUUCAAUUGUUCAGUUUGUAUGCUUUUAAGAAAAACUAUCCCCCGAAAGAUAGGAUAGACUUAUCAAAUAAGGUGGUGAAUUAUGCUCAGGGAAACCCAUUGGCGCUUAAAGUUUUGGGUUCUUAUCUUUUUGACAGAAGGAAACGAGAUUGGGAAAGUAAACGAGAUUGGGAAAGUGCACUGAAUAAACUUGGAAGAGGUCCACAUUCUCAAAUCUGUAAUGUAUUAAGAAUAAGCUUUGAUAUGCUAGAUGAUGAAGAGAAAAGUGUAUUUCUUGAUAUUGCUUGCUUUUUUAAGGGGCAGCAAAUUGAUUUCGUUAAGAGAAUCCUUGAUGGUUGUGGUUUCUCAGCUGAUAUUGGAAUAAGUGUUCUAGUUGAUAGAUGCCUCAUUACUGUCCUUGAAAACAAACUAGGGAUACAUGACUUGUUGGUUGAAAUGGCUCAUGAAAUUGUUCGGCAGGAAUAUGUUGCCAAGCUGGGCAAGCGCAGUAGACUGUGGAAUCCUAUUGAUAUCGUUCAAGUGUUGACCAAAAAUCUGGUGAGAGCCAUAUGCAUGAUGUGUAUAUAUCCUUUGGGGUGUGUACAUGUUGAUAUAUAUCCUUUGGGAAUCUUAGACUGCUCAAAAUUUACAAUGCUAGGAAUUGGAAAUAACGAAAUUGCAACUUUCAAUUCGUGUCAUCAUGGCCUUGAGUUUCUUUCUGAUGAGUUGAGGUAUCUCCACUGGGAUGGAUACCCAUUAAGGUCUAUGCCAUCUAAUUUUCAAGCAGAGAAACUUGUUGAACUGAACCUAGCAUACAGCAACGUUAAACAACUAUGGACAGGAGUGCAGAAUCUUGUGAGCUUGAAAGACAUUAAUCUUAGCUACUCUGAGCACUUGACUACUUUCCCAGACCUGUCACAGGCCAAGAAUCUUGAAAGAAUUAAUUUUGAAAACUGUCCUCACUUUUUAGAAGUGUCGUCAUCCAUUCAGUUUUUAGACAAUCUUGUUGAUUUGAAUAUGAAAUGCUGCAGAAGCCUUAUGCAUCUCCCGAUUGGCACUAACAUGAGAUCUCUGAAGACUAUCAACCUUUCUGGUUGCUCCAAUUUUAGGGAAUGUCCAGAGUUUGCAGAGAACAUAAAGUAUUUAAAUUUGAAUGAGACUGCCAUAGAAGAACUUCCCAAAUCAAUUGGGAAUCUCAGUGGACCUCAGUGGACAACUAAUAGUCAGCAUACUCCAAAUAUAACCUAUAUUCUUACCCACAACCAAUCUGCAUACAACUUUAUCGCAAUGCGCUGUGGUAAAGAGGCAUAUGGCAUCCCAUAUCUUCAGUUGGUAUUUCAAGAAAAAUAUGCCCUCACAAAAUUUAUGCGCUAUGCAAAAAGACUGAACAACCAGAUUCCUUCUAUACUAGCAGGAGAAUCUAGUUUUUGCAUUCCUGGACGUACAAUCCCAAGGUGGUUUGGCCAUCAAAGUGAAGGAUUUUCUACGACAAUGCAGCUACCUUCACAGUGGGCUAACAUCAAGUUCCUGGGUUUCACUCUGUGUGUUGUUAUUAAAUUCGGCGUUUAUUUUUUCUUUGGGGGCAACAAUGGUUUCCAGAUUAGGUGUCAAUAUCACUUCAAAAAUGAGUACAGAGAGUGCAGUGAUCUCCUUUCUUAUUUUGGUGGUUGGUACGGUAAAAGAACUCCCCGUACUUAUCAUGACAAAGAGUUUGGGACCCAAUGUCCUAUGUUCUUCGGGUAUGAUCCAUGUGUGGACGCUACAAAAGAUGAUCAUUUCAGUAAAUAUAGAGAGUUAGUAGUUGAAUUCUACCCUGAAGAUAUGGAUGGCAAUCCUUUACACCGUUGCAAAGUGAUCAGUUGUGGUGUACGUCUACUAUAUUCUGAAGAGGAUUUAUUUUGUCUAAAUUGUCGACCCUUUGCGUGUUUUGAUGUAGGUGAUGAGGAAGAUAUAGUCACUCUUGCCUGUGAAGAACAUAAUAGUUUUUAGCUCGCCGAGAAGCUCAACGAGAAUUAGGCACUGAAGGAGUCGAACAGCUCAACAUGUCUAACAAAAAAGAAAAAGAAAAUGAAAAAGUAGAACGUGGCCGUUGCAAGUUUUUAA